ACACCUGUGUUCUUCGUCUUUGUCCUUGGUAAAGUUUGUGCGCGGCUCUUGUGUCCAUGUGUUCUCCGGCGGACCUGUUCUCACUGCACAGCCCCGCACACAUUUAGGAUCGAUUGCGCAAGUGAUGGGAGAGCAGGGGGAUGUCGUGUCGCGAGCGCCGACUUUACGCUUUAAAACACCGAUGUUGUUUUUUUGCCGUUUUGCAUGUGUUACUAAGCCCCGAAGGCAGGAGGGUUCGAACUCACGGGCUCGCUGGCAGUAGCGCUUUACGAACCUUCCUUAUUUAAACACUGUAAAAUAAUCUUUUUUUUCCUCUUCUCUUCUUCAUGGUUGCAAUUGCCGCCCAUAUGCACACAAAAAAAGUACAUUCAGUCCCAGUCCUCGACUGCCAAACGCAGACGGUCUGCGGCUGCCGAAGAAGCGAGGACGCUUGUUGUGUUGCUCCUAAAUAAAGUGUGUAUUGGCGAAACGAAACGACGGCGUGGGUCUCGCUGGGUUUGAAGUCGUUUCGACAAACCCGGAGAUUUCACAAAUGACUCUGACUUCCUUCUCCAGUGCGGCCGCUUUGAUAGGCUGUGUUGGCAAUUAGUGUUUGGCACAUUCCUUACAGAGCCGUGUUGAACGACUACCGUGGGACAUUACCAGCAGCCCGGUUGGAGUUACUCUGCUCCUGAUACUCAGGUCUUCUCCUCUUUAAGCCCGUGAGGCCGCUCCUCCAGGCUUUGAUGCCCACACUCUUUAAAGCAGGUGGACAGACACAGGCAUGAGUAACAGUGGGACCAAAGAGCCGUCUCCCGAGCUGAGCACUGCCCAGUCGCCUCCUGAACCUCAGCGCCGGGGCAGGGGUCGGCCACGGAAACAGCUGCAGGAGCCUGUUGGACCACCGACCCCAAAGCGACCGCGAGGACGUCCGAAAGGCAGCAAGAACAAAGGCCCAAAAACUGCACUGAAGAAAGUAGAGCCUGUCGGGGAGAGACGACCUCGUGGGCGACCAAGGAAAUGGCCCAAGAAAGUAGUUAAAGUAGCGGAAGAGCAACAGAGCUCUUCAGACGAGUCCGACGAGGGUCCCUCGCAGCUCAAGCCCUCGACAUCUCAGGUUCCAACACAGGAGGAAGGGGAGUAGAUAGGAUGCCGCUCUACCUGCCUCAAGGUUUGGCCUCCAGCAAACAGGAGUACUGUCUGACUCCUAUCUGUAAUGGGGAUUCAGGAAUACACACACACACACACAUAUCAUUGCAGACAGUGGUUUCUUCUCUCUAUCUGGUACUGUAUCCUGUUUUUUAUUGGUUCACGCUAAGAACAUGGCUUUUGGUGAGGGAAUAGUUUGACAUUUCGUGAAAUAUAUCUAUUCCCUUUCCAGCCGAGAGUUGCAUGAGAAGACUAAUACAAGUCUCAUAUCUGUGCAGUUAAUAUUAAGCUACAGUCAGCAGCUGGUUAGUUUAGCUUAGCAUAAAGACUCGAAACAGCUAUUAUGGCUUCAUCCAAAGGUUACUAAGUAACUACCAGCACCUCUAAAGCUCUGUAAUGACCAGGUUAUAUCUCAUUUGUUUGAUCUGUACACAAAUCAAAGUGUACGGAUCUAACUUGCUUUUUAAAAGACUUUUAUUGUCAUUUGUUUACUGAGUGUAUGUGCCUUUUUGAGUUUCAGACUGUUUCCAGUUUGUAUGCUACGCAUUGUUCAAUCUUCUCAUCUAACUCGAGGCAAAAAUGCCAAGAAGUGUAUUUCCAAAAAUGCUCACCUACUGCUUCAAGGAUGCCUGCUUUCCCGAACCUCUCAGUGUGUGUGUGUGUGUGUGUGUGUGUUUGUUUUGUGGUUGUGUGGAGAGGGGACGGGCUUGCAGGUUGAAAUGAGAAGGGGGUUUAAGAAAAAAGGAACCAACCUGAACCGUUUUAUGGAAACAUGUUUCUAAAGAAAAAGUUUCAUGAAUCCUCAUAUGAAAUGGGAGCAAACGGUGACAUUUUUAGCGAUGUUACAAUACAAACAGUAUUGAAGUCAUUAUAAUAAAAGUAGAAAUGAAAGGUUUGAUUCCAAAAUGAAAUAUCCAAUUUGGUAGAGUAAAUAUCAAUUGUCAAUGUAAGCAAGAGUUCAGUUUGGAUUAAUAACCUCAAUGGUUUUUGUUUUCCUUCCAACCAGCAGUAAGAAAAAAGCUCCCAAAGGGUUGAAUGGAUAUCUCAUUUGGGAAGAAACCCCUCAUUCAUACUUUGCUGAAACUUAAAUUUACCACACUCAGGAUUUUACUAUUACAUUGCUUUUAAACCAUAUUGAAACCUCAGGUACAAAUCUAUUCAGGAACAUGUUGUCAGUCUACUCAGUAAUCAUUAUUGUGCUGUGUUUGUUGUGCAUUUCUGAUCUGUAUUUGACAUUACCAGCAUGCCUUGACACAAAGACCUCAUUUAAACCUCAGUUGCCCUCAGUUUCUUAAUCUCUCAUACUACCUCAGUAACACAAAAGAUCUCAAACAAACUAAUUCUCCACUCCCUCAAAAGUAAUGACAUACACGUUUACUGCACCCACACACACAAACACACACACACACACACACACAAAACACACACAAACACACACACCGGUUCAUGUGCAAGUAUACAACACAGACGGGUUUUCAGGCCUCCAUACCGACACACAGAAGCAGACCUCACGCUCAAGCAGAGGAUUUUACUAUCUGAGAGCAAAUAAAAGCAUCAGUGUCAUUUUUUUUUUUUUACUGUGUUUGUUAAUGUUGAAUUGAGACAUGGUUUGUUCUCCUGGGAAAUAAAAUGCAGCCAAUAGUUUACAACAACUUAAGCUUUUUAGGGUGUAGUUCCUUAUUAUUAUUGUUUUGGGGGGGUGGGAAGUCCUGUUAGUCCUUUCUUAUUUUACUACAUCAUGUAUUUUCUCAUUCUUACACUGUAAAUUGUUUGUGUGACACUCUUAAUACAUGUGACUUUGAAAGAAAAGGCAGCAAAUAACCACACAGUGCUGAAAUGCAUGACAGUUAUGGGAAACAACAGCAUUACAGUUACUUAGUAUGAAAAUUGCCAAAUUAAUUGUGAGAAAAAUAUUGUUAAUACCUAAUACUGAAACCCUGUCUUAUUUUUUAGCAAUUUAUAAGAGCAGAAAGGAGCCAAGUUGCUCCUUCCUUUCCCUUUUUACUAUUAAAAGCAAUACUACAAGCGACCACUGUGGCUAUAAUGUGAAAGUAAUUAAUAAAUGAUCAGUGCAAAAAUAGUGUCAUAGAAGUAUUAAGAAAUUAGUUAAAAAGUGAGCAAACUGACUUACAUUGUUUAUUAAUAACAUCUACCAAGUGACUAAGUAAGACUGUGGCAAAUGAAAACCUUGGUGUUGAAUUGAAGGUGUGUUGUAUUGCUUAUUCAACUAUUAAUUUAUUGUUCUUCUUUCCACAGUUUCAUAGUCUUGCUAUAAUCGGUCAGUUCAUCCAAAUUACCCCAAAAAGAAAAAAUAUAUACUUUCUCACUCUUGGUCACUGCCUAUUGCAAAUACUUUAACUUCCAUCAGAUGCUGUCCCUGUGUGGAAAAUAUGUAUCCAACAUAAACUGAGUAUUACUUAUCAAGUACAACUUGCUUAUUGUAUCACUGAUGAGUUGUAUCCUAGUACUUCAUGUAUUUCAGCACUAAAUUGACUAAAUUGCUGCCAGAGGAGCUUAUUUCAAUUACAGGCAGACAUGUUUUCAUGUUCAACUGCAUUGACUUUACUUGUUUUGCCCUUUGGACUACCUCUGAAAACUACCACGCCUGGGAUGCGAUCUGUUUGGGUAUUAUCUGAUCUUUUCCAUCAGACCUGCAGGCGAUGUGGAUCAUGACAUCUUGAAAUAACUGUCAAACUAUUGCUGUUGUUGUCCACUCAUCUCAUCUCACUACAUUCAUGUCAUCAUAAUGAAUGGAAGUCAGCCUGAAGGGUGCCUCUUAAUUUAACUACAGCUGGGUCAAUGUUUGUUGUUUUACACGCACUGUGUCUGGAUAUUUACUCUCUAUACUGAGACAAUGUUGUUCUGUGAUCUUACUGAUAGUCAUAUAGUUACAUACAGUACUUGAUCCAUCCUCAACUAUUACAAAGUUUAAGUGUAACUUGAGAAAUCAUCUUCUUACUAUUAACACCAUUUUGUAGUUAUGUUAUUGAUCCUCAUCCACUUCAUUAAUACAACUCACAAACCUGUGAUAUAUAUUUUGUUAUGACUCUUUACCAUGUGAUUUGUGUUAUUCUGCUUCUUUAUCGCUUACCAAUAAAAUAUCACACCUAU